AUGUUUUGCGGUGAAGUUACACGCUCCGGGCUGGUGCUGACGCCGCGCGCGGCGUGCUCCAUCGAGUCCGCCGCUUUGGCCAACCCGCGGCGCCCGGUGUUUCUGGUGCACUCGUGCCGUGUGGACGAGGCGGACCCGUUGCGCGACGCGCCGCCCUUCGCCCGGCAGCUUUUCGCCCUGCCCAACGUUUAUCUGUGGAACGCAUCCUUCGACCUGCUCUUUAAG